GACUACAACGACACCCAAAACAAACUUUGAGAUGUCAACGGGAAAUGCGGUCGUUAAUGAAGUCGCCUAAAAUUGUUUAUUUAUUUAUAAAUUCGCGAAAUAAAGUUGUGUAAAGUUAAGUGAAGCUUCGUCUUUUUCGAUUUUGUGUUUUUUUUUUCUUACCAAAAUUGUCUGACGCUCUCAUUUCAUUGUCAUUAUUAAUCCGUUUCACAGAUAUUUGAAGGAAUUGGUUAAUAAGCAGCAAUCACAAAUGCCGACGAUAUACAUAUGUAUGUAUGUAUGUAUGUUUGUGUAUAAAUAAAUAUAGCGACCAGCAUCCUCAACGUCAUUCAGUGUUUAGCGAAUUGUGAAAACCAAAGAUACAAACAUAUAUACACAUAAAAUAUACAUACAAACAUACAAAUAUAACCGAUUGCACGCAUAUCGUUCGAUUUUAUGUUGUUUUAUAGUUGUGCCGUCAUUCAGUUUUGUUGUUGACUUUUGCAGUUUUUGUUACCAACAUGAAUUAGCAAAUCAUUUAAUUCGGUUACGGAAAUUUGCAAUUUCUAUAUAUGUAUUGAUUGCCACAAAUAGUGUUUAUGUGAGUGUUGUGUAAAAAUUUAGUUUGGUGAUUUUUUUAUUCAAGAAAGUUGCAGUGAAAUACCAACAAUUCUCAUCAACGCCGAAUUUCCCCCUACCGUUUACAACCCUACUUUUGCAUUAGUUCACCAUAAAUCAAACCCAAAAAAAAGCCAAAACAAUGCAGUCACUGCGUUGCAGUUUAAGUCUUCUUCUUGCGCUUGGCAUUUGUCAACUUUGCCUCGCGGUACCUGCCGUACGCGUCAAACGUCAACCAGAUGAUCUGCUCUCACUGGAAGCGUCCAGUGCGGAUGCCAGCAACAGUGAUUUGAAUCCCAUCAAUGCAGAGGCAGUUUCAGGAGAUGAUCUUGAACGUAACAAACGAAAAUUGCCCGAUGCGACAUUCGAAGCGAAAAACGCUGUACUUGGAUUUGUUUUUGGUAAAAUCGACAAUUUCCUCGAUACGAAGACACGUGUCAUCGAGCAGCUGGAUCGUGCCAAUAUCGAGAAGAACAAGCAAUGGGACAUUAAGCCACCAGUACCAAUUAAGGACUUACAAACACUCGUCACCGCUGUUGUCUCACCCAAGAUACGUUCACUGGGCAAUAUUGCCAAUGACCUGACCACCGGUGUUCUCACCACUAUUACCGCUUUUAGUGGCUCCUCGGCUGGCAAUGGUAACGCGAAUGCUGGUUUGGGUAAUAUUGUUUCCAAGUUCCUGGGCUUCUCCGGUCCCAUACUGCAGGGAUCUGCGGCCGGUGCUGGUGGCGCUGGUGGUACAACACCAGCGCCAGAUUCCGAUGAGGCUGGUUAUUAGUGGAAUCGCAAGUGGCUGCUGUGAUGUUAACUAAAAUAAAUAUAUUCAUAAAGGCAUAUGUAAAUAUGUAUAAACAUGUAUUUAUGAAUUUUUUUUUAUCUGGCUAUAAAACUCAAUGCGCUUUGCUGUUAGAAUAACUGUUUGGAAAUAUUUGAAAGAUCACUUUCAUCAGAGGACACACACAUAUACAUAAAUAUGCACAAGCACAAACAUAAAAACAUGUACAAAGGCAUAGCGCGCACACACAACAUACUCAUACAUAAAUGUAAAUUAAAUUUGUUAAUUCUUUUCAACAAAAUGUAAUAUGCAGUUUUUGUGCUGAAACCUUACAGAAAACACUGUACUUAUAUUAGUAAGCAAACUUAAAGCAAAAUUAUAAUUGUUAAGUUGAUUUUUUUCGGAAUUAUUUUCCAUGUAGAACCUUCCUCCAAAAGAAUUUUGGUAAUUUCCUGCUCCAUAACUAUUACCUAAGUAAGUCAUUUUUAUGCUUCGAAAUGUUUUAAAAAAUUAAAAAAAAAACUUUUUAAAAACUUUGACUAUUUUUUCUUAAUAUUUUUAUUCUCAUUUUACCUUAAGUAUUUUAUACGUAAUCCUUUGCACCCGUUUGUAAGACCAUAUCAUUAAUACAUAUGUGUAAAUAAUUGUACAGGAUUUAAAUAAAUCAUUCGAUAAACGUUUUGGUUUUCUGAAAAA